AUGGAGGAAGCUGGGCCCCUGAAUCAUACCGUUGAAGUGGUCGACCCCGAGGUCCGCGCUCACGUCUACAGCUUGGUUACUGCGCUCGGAGGAUUCAAUGGCGACGAUGCGGACAAGUACGUCCUCGGAGAUGACGCCUUGUCAUGCUUGCGCGAUAUCAAGCGAUGGCUGAAGCUAUAUGAUGAGAAAUUCAACCGAAUGGAUGUUGCGCGAUGUCUGGGGGAAGCGAACUUGGUCAAUGGCGACCUUAUCCAAAUCCUUUCGCUUUGGUGGAACGAGGGACAGCAGAGCAAAUAUAUGUCGAGGAUUGCGCUGGCAUGUGUGGAAUUAUUAGUACCUUUGACUUGGCCGCUGGAGAUCCAUGGGGAAAUGACAGUCAAUCACCAUCGUCACAUACCUUACCUACAACAAGCCCAGGUGGGUUAUAAGCGCGGUAUACUAAACAUUGCCAACUGCGGUCUUCUGCGAGCUGUCAUCCGCAUCGGCCUUCCCAGCAUGGCGGUUCCACGAUCAGAACGGACAGCUCGCGACGAAGGAAUCCUGAAGAUCAUGCUCUAUCUCUUGCGGAAUAUCGCGGUUAUUACCGCAAAUGCUCGUCUCGCAGCGGAGGGAGAGGAGGAAGAAACCUCAAGGUCGGCGACAAUAAACGCCUUUCAUGACCAGGACGUUUUCGCUCUCAUACUCACGAUGUGCUCAAAUGUCAGCGACGACUUCAACAUGCUGGAUAUCCCUCUUCUUGAAACACUGUUUCAUAUUGUAAAGGGUAUCGACGUCGAAAAGCUUUUUAUGAAUGACGCGCAGCGAACUGCAAAGCGCACCGAUGAGUUGAACGAUCUGCUGCAGCAGGAGAAUUCCAUGCGAAGAGAGUAUGCGAAGAACGCACCCACAAGACACGGUCGCUUCGGGACGAUGAUCUGGGUUAAGCGUGAUGAUGCAAAGAUGUCAACAGUCUCCGGUCAGGACGUGCUUAGGGAUGGGCAGAUGACUCUGCACAAGAUGGACCAGAGCAAAAAAUGGAACAAACCUAGGCGAGGUCGAAAGGCUCAAGACAUGUCGGCAAACAAUGACUUCAACACGCCAGUUCUUAUAAGCCCAUCUGCUACGGCGAAGCUGCGGACGUUCGUCGAAGAGUUCCUGGAUUCGGGAUUCAACCCAGUCUUCGUGCAUGUCCGCAAGGCAAUUGAACGCGAAUCUGUUCGUGUUCUGGAUAUAAAUAAGCGCCACUUUCUCUACACAGUUUCCUGGUUUCUUGCAGCAGAGCGCGCUCGGCGUGCGCGCCAACGUGAGAAAUUUGCUCAGAAUGAGAAGAAACCUGGGAAAGAAUUGGAACCAGAUAGUUUCGGGUUGGUUGCUGGUGUAUUCAACCAGGAAACGUUCGUUUUCCUAAACCGAUCAAUGCAGAAUAGCCUGGACAACAAGGAGUGGGAAGAUCUAAACGCUGCCAUGAGGUGCUUUACACAGAUCCUGUUGACUGUGCAAGAAAUGUCACAAUCACCACUCGAAGAAGACCAGGAGAUUGCGGAGAACAUCCAGAAUCGCAUUUUCUACGAGGAAACGACACAUGACCGGAUACUUACCAUCAUUCGUGGUUAUACGGAUCAAGGUUUUGGCUACCUGGACGCCUGUACCGAAUUGUCUCAUGUGUUCUUGCGUAUGCUGGAACGUUAUUCCAAGGAGAAUGUCGAUAUGCAAGUUCGAUCACGACGGCGAGCCAGAAAAAAGAAGCGUGACGAACAAUCAAGUAAUGAGGGCAACGAUGAGGAGCAAGCAUCGGAUGAUGAGGACUACGCCGAAGCCGAAAAGAUGUCAAAGGAGCGCAAAUUCGACUUUACGCGGUUUGCCGCGAAGUUCUCGAACCAGAAAUGCGUCGACACCUUCGUGGCGUUUAUCAAAUUCUACAAGGAACUGAACACGGAACAGCUAAAGCGCGCCCACCGUUAUUUCUACCGGAUAUCUUUUAAGCAAGAGAUGACUGUUCUUCUGUUCCGAGUUGAUAUCCUCAAUCUCUUCUAUCGCAUGAUCAAAGGGCCCGGUGGCAUGGAUUCCAGCAAACCAAUCUUCAAGGAAUGGGAGGAACUGGUCCGUCAGCUUAUUCGCAGGCUUUUAAAGAAGCUCGAUCAGCGGCCUGCCCUGGUCACGGAGUUGCUGUUCAGCAAGAUCAACUCUACCGCGUUCUAUCUUGAGUACGGGUAUGAGAAACAGACAAUAACCCCCAGUAAAAGGGCCCCAGCCGAAUUGGAGGUUGACCCCAAGGCAGCUCCAACCCCGGAGGAGAAGCUCGGUAUUGUAGUAGCUGCGUUGGUCAAAGAUGAGCAGAGUUCACUGGUUAAGUGGACUAGCGAAAUACUGGGGUCGGCAGCAGACGAAAGAGAAGCCUGGGAACUAAAUGCUCAGGAUGUUGACCUCGCAGGGCCUCGAGAUUCUCACAGCCCUAUCAUCUCCGUCAAGUCGCAGGAUGAAUCGUUCAAAAGAGCCAUGUUCUUGAACGCUAAACUCCGACUCCUAAUGACUUUGGUGAAAUUCGAGCGUCUUGGACUAGAAAACGUGGAGGGUACCACCUGGGUCAUUCCGUCGCAACUCAAGUCAGCCGAGUUACGGGAAUCGAAAGCCGUGAUUGAUAAGGCGCUGGUAAUCGGAAACACCGACGAACGUGAUCCUAAUGACUUACUGCGCAAGAAAUAUGGCCAUGAGCCGCGGGGUGGCAUUAGUGACCAAACCUACGAUAUCAAUUUUGGGUCUGACUCUGAAGGUGAAGAUAUUGUUCCUGAUGGACCACUAUUUCCCGCAAACCCUCGAGCAAAGGCGAACGCGCUCAAUGACCCGAAGAAAAAGAGGAAGAAGAGGGAAGAGAAGGGGGAACAAGAGACCCUGGAUGAGGAGACGUUAGAGGAACGUCGUCAGGCGCGGCUAGAGAACACUAGAUCGCGUCUGGCUAAGAUCAAGAGCGACCUCUAUGUACACGCCAGUGACGAAGAAAGCGAUGACGAGGCGGACCAGGAGUUCUUCCGUCUCGAAGAAGAGAGGCGCAAAGAGCAGUCGGAGCGGAUCAAGCAGGCAUUGAUGCUUGGGAGAACAGAGGCUUCAGGGAAGAAAUCUACAAAGAAACAGGCAAAGCGCGCGAAUGAGUCUAUAACCGCUGGCGAAAAGGAAGUCGGCAGAAAGCGACGCAGACGUAGUCACGAGGCCAGUGCAGAGCUUGAAGACGAGGAUAUCUCUAUGGGUGAUACGGACAUGCAGUCGCCGGCCUCUUCUGCGGAGUCGUCAAAUGAUGCCGAUGGCAUGGACACGGCUCCGGCGGCUGCAGCAGAAGACGAGCUUUACUUUGACGACAAUCUAGCAUUCGGUCGAAAUAGAGAAAGAGAAGACGACGACGCGAAUGCCGACAAUGACAUUGUUGGCGGGUCUAGCCCUAAAAGGAACGAGGGUGUCAACGAAGAAGAUGAAGAAGACGCCCCUUUGACGGCCCCAAGCCGUCGGCGCAUGCGGGCGGGGUUUGUGGUGGAAAGUGACUCGGAAUAA